UGGCAACAUACAUAGAGAAAUUAGAUAAUGAAGAAUGUGUGACUGCCACCAUGACAGUGGAAUCUACAGUUCAGCUUAAUGAAAUACAAAAUCUGAAAAGGAGGAUUGCAGAAUUGGAAGGCAAGGAAACUCGUAUUGACAUGGAGAAGAUUGCCAAGAAAAAGGAGAUUCAAGGAAAGUACAAGGCAGAAAUUCAAAGCUUGUUGUCAGACCCAACAAUCUUUGAAAUGGAGAUGGAUCUGCCUACAAAACAACCAACACAACCAGUUGAAGAGAAAGAAGAAGAAGAGAAAGAAGAAGAGAAGCAACAAGAAGAGAGAGAAGAAGAGAAGAAGCAAGAUGCUCCAACACCUGAUGUUCCUUCAAGAGUACAAAGGGUGAAGAAUAGAGAAAGAAAGAGGCUUCAAGCAUCUUGCUAUGUGUACGAAAAAAAUAAGAAAACAAAAAAGGAUGAUGAAGAACUACCACAAUUCAAGCUUAUCUCUUCCGAGGAGUUAACACAAGAGGCAUCUCAGCCCGAUGCCACAAAUCCAAUUCCUGAUCCCCCAAAAGGAACGAGCCUUCAUGAUUCAAUACCUGUAGAUCUGCAACAAUCAAGUGAUGAAGAUGAAGGACAAAAAAAGCCAACAAAGAAAAAACUAGGAUGGGGUCAGAGGAAGGUGUGGCAGAAAAUUCCAAAGGCGGACAGGGAAAGAAUUGAAAAACAACACUACUUAAGUACUCAACUUCGGUAAUAUCUCUAUUCCAAAAUAACAAUUCUUUCAUCUUUUAAUUACAAUUAAACUAAAACUAAUCUUGUGAAUUUCAUGUAUUCGAAUCCGCAGUGAUAACUUUUGGGC